CUUGUCAUUUUCCUAAAAUGGUGGCACUGUUUUGAUCAAAUAUGGCGUAAAUAGGCUUGGUUAAUCAAAAACAAUUUGAGUUUUUUCGGUGGUCCAAAACAGAACUCACCAGUUUCCUAAUUAUUCAUAGAUAUCGACAGUGUCCCUUUUGUGUUAACUAUUACCGGAUAGUGGUAGCUAAUUUCAAACGGACAAUAACAAAUGUUUAAAUGGACGCAUCGUCCAUUAUCGCCCAGGUGUCGAGAGAGGAUGAACAACUGAACAGUUAUCCUCCUGAAAAAGGUAACCUCCCCAUAAGUGAAAAUGCUCCCCAAGCUAGUGAUUUCCAAGCCCCAUCACAGACCCAAAAGAAAAGCACCAGGGGCUUCCUACGUUCUCUGCUUUGCUGUCUGGGCAAACGGAAAGACAAGGAUGGCCACCAGGAACAAUGCGUUGACGGGUCUCAAUACACCCCGAGUGAUAGGGUAUCCUUCCUGUUACCUCCUGCCAAACAUCAGGACACUCAGAAGAAAUGCAUGGUGAUCGAUUUGGACGAGACUCUAGUUCAUAGCAGCUUUAAGCCAAUCAAUAAUGCAGAUUUCAUAGUACCAGUCGAGAUCGAUGGUACCGUGCAUCAAGUAUAUGUUCUGAAAAGGCCACAUGUAGACGAGUUCCUUAAACGGAUGGGUGAAUUGUACGAAUGUAUACUAUUUACCGCUUCAUUGGCGAAAUAUGCUGAUCCAGUGGCGGAUCUUUUGGACCAAUGGGGCGUCUUUAGGGCGCGACUUUUCCGAGAAAGUUGCGUAUAUUACAGGGGAAACUAUGUUAAAGAUUUAAAUAAACUCGGCAGGGAGUUGCAGCAGAUUGUUAUUGUUGAUAAUUCGCCGGCCUCAUAUAUAUUCCAUCCAGAUAAUGCUGUGCCAGUAGCUUCAUGGUUCGACGACAUGAAUGAUAAUGAACUGUUAGAUUUAAUUCCGUUCUUUGAAAAAUUGAGCAAAAUGGACAACGUGUAUACGGUAUUGUGCAACUCCAACAGACCGUACAACAAUUCGCAGCAACAAAUAAUGAACGGCCCGAACAGCACCAACAAUUUAUCGGCUGCCGCUCAGCAAAACCAACCGAUUUCAUUACCCACUACGUAGCAUUCACUAAUUAGCAGGUAUACAAUUUUUAACCGGAUAUUCUCUCCUCUCUUUAAGCGUGCGUGAGAGCGAGAGAAAAACACAGUUGGGCUUGGAAUGUGCUAGUUUUUAUUUUCGGUGACUUAUCCCCCCUUAUCCACCCCUCGUGCGAGAAGAGUAGCCAGAGUUAGAUUAAAGGAAAACAGUAUAUUUUUGCAUCAUAAUAAUAAUAAGAGUAGAGGUUUAAGGGAUACACAAUAAACUACUACUUGAGAGUCAAUAAAUUUAAAUACUUUGACGAUGUUUGUAAUAAUAUAGAAAUUGCUCAUUGGUAUUUUCUUAAAUGUGAUGUUGUUGUAUUAGGCUUGUUUUACUAAAGCCCCGUUCCUUAGGACAUUUUUAUGCGUCUCGUGCUAAGGAGAAAAAUUGAUAUUUCUUAUUUUAUUUGCUACUUUGCGACUGUAGUCAAAACAUUAGAAACGUCAGCUCUACUCUUAGGAUUUCUUAGAAUGAUUAAAUACUAAAAUUAAACAAAGCACAAACAAGUAAAUAAUUAAAUUCUAAGUCAUUUGUGUACUCUAUAAAUAAACCAAUUUACUUCUAUGAACCGAUUCUUAACCCUAAAAGUUGCUUACCAACUUCAUUUUGCGUAAAAUACGGUAAUAAUAGUUUUUCUUUAAACGGCGGCAAAGUAAGUCGUCAUAGAUCUACUUGCCGCUAUUUUUGUUAAAACGCUGUGAUACAUUUAUGUUAAAUUCUGAACAAAUAUUUGAUACUUUUUCUGUAAAUUAUUAAUUAUUAAAAAAAACUUUGACAAUUUCUAUUGACACAAUUGUUUUUCAUUCAUUCGCAAAGUGGCAUAUAACACUAUUUUAUAUAAGUAGUAAAGUAAGUAAAACUUUUGGUAUUAUAAUGAGCCCUUAAGAGAACCAAACAAUUUUUGUAACUAAAUGGCUUUGCCAAAUCUUAAUUUCUACGUUAAAGGAGAGAGAAAAAAGAUAAACCCGCUUGUAAAACAGGCCUUCCUCCGCAUUUUUUGUAACUGACGUUAAAAUUUGGGCAUUUUUCACUUUUAAAAUUUACAAGGCAACAUACAAUCUAAUCUCUCGGAAACGAGGGAUUAUGUAGAGACAGUAGGGACAAAAGUUCCAAUUAACAGUGGCCUUAACUAAAUAUCUAUUUGUUUUUUGCAAUUUAUACUGUAGUAGAGAGUUGUUUAUUGAGGGCUUUUUAGAGUGCGUACCUGUUAAAGCUUUUUUAUACAGUUAUUUUUCUGGACUAUCAACAAAUACUUAGUACACAUAUCAACAAAUCAUUCAUUUUUGUCAAUGAGUAGUAAAAAGUGCCAUAAAAUCACCUACACUUUAACAGGGACGUAAUUCUAUAUUAAGAAUAAAGAAACUUUGGUUUUACAUCACGUUCAUCAAGCUCUAAACCCGGAUUAGGUUUCAGAAACCUAUUAAUUUAAUUUUUUUUUUGUUUAGUACAAAUCUGUAAUUUUAUCGCGAAAAUUCGUACAUUGUAUUAGCGUAAAACAGCAUUCUUUUUAAGCUUUAUGUUUUAUUUUUUAUCGAGAAAAUGUACAGUUUAUUUUUUAGUAAUAUAUUAUUAUUAUUAUUAUUAUUAUUGUAUUCUCUAUUAAUUAUUAAUAAAAUUUAAUAUAUUUCAAUUUUUAUUGGUUAAAUGACGAGUGGAUUGUGCGUGUGUGUGAUUUUAGCCCAAAAUUAUUUUAUAUAUUUAACAAGCAAUAAUUUGGCCCCCUAAGUUCGUUUUUAUGCCACUUCAAAAAGUCUUUUCAUGAACAUAAAAAAACCCGGGGCCACAAAUUGUACAUUAAUAUACAUCAUACUUUAAUAUUAACAAUAUUUUUAUAUAUUUUUGUUGUAGAGUAAUAUUAUUAUUGUUUAUGUUGAUUUUAAAAUGUAUUAAAAACCGGAAAUGUACAAUA